UGGAAUGUUGGAUCGACGACAGACGUGGCUGGUAGAGAAAUAUUGUACCUACUAUGUUUUUCUAAUUUAAAAUUGUGAUAAUAAGAAAAAAUGUCGGAGACUAUCGUAGCCAAGGGUCAGCCAAUACCUGGGGAUCCCGAAAAAAAAGGCUGGCUAUUCAAGUGGACAAAUUAUUUGAAGGGUUAUCAGCGAAGAUGGUUCGUGUUGUCGAAUGGACUGUUGUCGUAUUACAGAAAUCAAGCCGAGAUGGCUCAUACAUGUCGGGGCACUAUAUCCCUGCUAGGAGCUCUCAUCCACACCGCAGACUCUUGUACAUUUGUUAUUAGUAAUGGAGGUACUCAGACCUUCCAUAUCAGAGCUCAUGAUGAAGUAGAAAGACAAAGUUGGGUGACUGCACUGGAAUUGGCUAAAGCAAAGGCAAUUCGGGCUCAAGAGUCUGAUGAUGAUGAAGAUCAGAUGUCGACAGACAUUGGUGUGGUUGUGGGUAGUGGAGAGGGUGAAGGAGAAGAUGCGGGAGGGAUAGCGAGAGAACUAGCAGCUAGGUUCCACGACUUACGAACGUGUUCCGAACUUGUAGCAAGGCAUGGCGCAGCUUUACAGAGGUCUCUCGUUGACAUGGAGACUCCACCUACAGACACUACAAAACAAGUCUCAGAACGAGCGACAUUAUUUAGGAUAUCAUGCAAUGCUAUGAUGAAUGCCUGUUCAGAGUUCAUGAGUGCAGCGGCGGCGUCGAGUGCGCGUAUGAGUCGUGCGCUGCAACAUGAACGUGAGCAGAAGAUGAGGCUGCAGGAAGUUGUGGAACAGCUCGCCAGGCAGCACGACAACCUGGAGAAGACUGUGACUGCGCGUAGUACCUCUCAACCAGGGGGGAACGGCUCCGGACAAGGCAACGAGACUGAGGAUGAGGAUCAUGAGUUCUUUGAUGCUGUGGAAGAGGGAGUCUCCACAAACAUGGAAGACACAAAUUCCUUUGUGAUUAAAGUGCCCGUAAAUAGGAAAAACAAAGUAAAAAGCGGUGAAAGUUCAGAUGAGUCUGAGGGUGAAUCCGUUACUGAGACUCAACAGGUAAUUUUCGUGGAAGAUAAAGAGCGAACGGAGAGUGCAAUGGGCGGUACGGAAGCUGAGAGCACCGCCGAAGGUGAAGCCAUAGUGCCUAAAACACAAGACAUUGUAGUAUGGCCGCACGUGGUGGCGGCGCAGACAGUCCCGAUCGACGGCCACCCUCGGCGGACGCGGGUGCCUGACAAACCCAACUACCCGCUCAGUCUUUGGUCUAUCAUGAAGAAUUGCAUAGGCAAGGAGUUAUCAAAGAUCCCGAUCCCGGUAAACUUCAGCGAGCCGCUGUCAAUGCUGCAGCGACUGACGGAGGACUACGAGUAUUCGUCCAUCCUGGACCAGGCCGCCAAAUUCAGUGACCCCGCGCAACAGCUCGCAUACGUCGCCGCAUUUACCGUCUCGUCGUACGCAACUACUGCUUGCAGAACAAACAAGCCUUUCAAUCCGUUGCUGGGCGAGACAUAUGAAUGUGACCGCAUGGCGGACCUCGGCUGGCGAGCUAUAUCCGAGCAGGUUUCCCAUCAUCCACCGAUGGUAGCGCAGUUCUGCGAGGGGCAAGCGGGUUGGCAGUGCUGGCAGGAGUUCACCAUGACCACCAAGUUUAGGGGGAAAUACCUUCAGGUCAUACCGCUAGGGGGCGCGUCCGCCAUGUUCCCUAGCUCUGGAAACAAAUACACUUGGAGAAAGGUGACGACAACAGUGCACAAUAUAAUAGUAGGCAAGUUGUGGGUGGACAACCACGGUGAUAUGGACAUCGUGGGCGAGUCGGGGCCCGCCGCGGGAUACGUGGCGCAUCUCAAGUACCUGCCCUACGGAUACUUCAGCAAGGACACGCAGAGGAAGGUUACCGGCGUUAUCAAGGACCCACAGGGAGUGCCGCGCUACGUGCUACAGGGACACUGGGACAGUCGCGUGGAGGUGGCGCCCGUCACCAGCACGUCGGCCGACAACACGGUCUGCAAGACUGGCAAGUUUACCGUCGCCUGGGAGCGCGUCGCCGCGCCGCCAGACUCCGACAAGUGGUACAAUUUCACGGUACUGGCCGCGCAGCUCAACGAGUUUGAGGAGGGUGUGGCACCCACCGACUCGCGGCGCCGCCCCGAUCAACGCCUCAUGGAAGAGGGGCUGUGGGACGAGGCCAACACGGAAAAACUCCGACUUGAGGAGAAGCAGCGCGCCAAGCGGCGCGAGCUGGAGGCGGCGGCCGAGGAAGCGGCGGCAGGCGGCGCGCCGGCGCCGGCGGGGCCGCGGCCGCUGUGGUUCUCGCGCCAGGCGCUGUCGACGCAGGGCCAGCAACACUUGCGCCACCUGUACACGCACCGCUACUGGGACUGCAAGCGGCGCCAGGACUGGAGCGCCUGCCCCGACAUCUUCUAGCCGGCGCCUUCGCUCUCGGUGGGAGACGUGUCACCGGAUCGAGUCUCAGUCGUCAGUGUCGCUCUAGGCUAACGUCAUUUUCGUUUAUGCCAUCACAUGCGUUGGAAGUUUUACUCAUUCCAUAUUAACUGUGGUUGUUUUUAUUAUUUAUUGUUAUUUUUCAAAAUUAGUUUAUCGUACGAUUAACGUGUACAUAAUUAUUAUUUAUGACGCUAUCUCAAUUUCCACGCGACUCGUGGCCUAAUAGUUAAGUUGUUAGCUCUUAGACAUUUGUGAGCACCGCUUUUGGUCGUAUGUGUUGAACGUUUCGAGGCUUCUCUCAUUACAACUAACAACGAAAGUAUUUCACUCACAUAAUCGAAAGUAACGGGCUUAUCAUAGUGUUCUGACUAACAUUGACUUGUGCUUGUAAUCCAAACAUAAAGAACCCAAGAGUUGUAUUCAUGAAAUGGUCUAGGACUGGGAACGAAGGUUAUUCAUCAGUUACAAACUGAAUUCUAUUAUGAAAUUUCCUUUUAACUAGUUCCACUUCGGGUCUGGAAUAUUGUCUUAAUUUAGUUGUAUAUUAUCUUCUGUAGAAGCCAAGAAAAUUAAUAAGUAGACGUGAUUAUUAAAUUAUAUAAAAUCAGGUGCUUCUAAUGGACAGGUUUCAACUUUAAUCAAUAAAAUUUAUUCAUUGCUACUAAUCUAGAAAGUGACAAAUGUCUAGCGGGCAUUAAACGAAGCUCUUUACGUCCUAAUAGAAAAUGUCGCGUCGUAAAACGUAUCUUUUAAUGCCUUAUUGUAAGUGUUAAAAAUGAACACAAGUUAAUAUCAGGCGACGCGGCGCUAAUGUGACCGCGGCGAGCUGACGAGGGCGCUACGCCUCUUGGUAUCAACUUGUAGUGAUCUAGAAUAUUUUGUAAGGUCUAUUACAAAUGUACAUUUUCAAGUGGAUGUAAGAUAAUUUGUUAAUAUUUUUAUUAUAAUAGAAUGAUAUUUGAAUACGAAGCCAUAAACAUCUGUAUCAUGUUGAUUAUGAAAAUAAAAUAUGUCACUGAAUA